AUGAUUGUGUCUGCCAUGCGAUUCCUGAAAACUAUUCGAGCAGGUUAUCUUGAGCCUAAGAUUUUACACCUUAAUCCAGACAAACGUGACACACAGGGAUUUAAUAAAUGUAUCAGGUUUGCGCCAACCUUGAUGCCUGGAUAUCCAGCAUACAUGGCGAAUGCUUAUCCAUUAGAUAUGUCACAGUACUUUCGUUUUUUUAAUUCCACUCGUUUGCCGAAACUUAACCGUGAUGAACUGGUGGCAGAUAAGAGCAGAAAGCACUUGUUGGUGUUAAGAAAUGGGAAUUUCUAUGUGUUCGAUGUCAUUGACAAAGAUGGGAACAUAGUGAAGGCUUCAGAGAUCCAGGCCCACUUGCAGUAUAUCCUAUCGGACGCCACCCCUGCUCCGGAGUUUCCUUUGGGAUAUCUCACAAGUGAAGAAAGAAACACGUGGGCUGUUUUAAGACAGAAGCUUCUUGAAAACGGAAAUGAAGAGGCCCUGAAAAAAGUGGAUUCUGCUGUGUUUUGCUUGUGUCUCGAUGACUUUCCCAUUAAGGAUGAUGUCCACCUGUCCCACAAUAUGCUCCAUGGAUCAGGUAUGAACCGGUGGUACGACAAGUCCUUCAGCAUCAUCAUGACGCAAGAUGGGACAGCAGCUGUGAACCUUGAGCACUCAUGGAGAGAAGGAAUGACUAUCAUACGGUUCCAGAAUGAGGUGUUCAGGGAUAGCACGCAGAAACCAGCAAUAUCACCUCAAACCCUCCCAGCUAAGGUGGACUCCAGCCAAGCUGUACAGAAACUUGUCUUCCACCUUGGUGACUCUUUGAAAUCUGCAAUCUCAACCGCCAAAAAAAAGUUUGGUGCAACUGUGAGCUCAUUCACCAUUGUACCCAUGGAGUACAGAGGAUGUGGGAAGGAGUUCUUGCAGACCCAGAAGAUCAGCCCAGAUGCAGUAGCCCAACUUUCCUCUCAGAUGGCAUUCUUCAGACAAUACGGGCAGACCAGGACCACACAUGAGGUCUGCAGUACAGCAGCUUUCAAACAUGGCCGCACCGAGACCAUCCGAUCAGCCUCAUUUUAUACCAAGAAAUGCACCGAUGCUUUUUUAAGGAAUCUUUCACAACACAGUAUGGCUGAGCUCCGUAGCAUGCUGUAA